AUGACGAAGCGCCUGCUUUGGACAAGUUACGUAAACAUUGACACCAGUGACAAAUUUAAAAAAUAUGAAGGUGCCCUGCCCUCGAUGGAUUUUUUACCUGUUUGCAUCGAGGUUCUUGGCCCUAUGGACAACAACACUUCAAUAUUUUUUAAAAAGAUUUGCAAAAUGAUAAGUGGCAGGUCUGGCGACAGCAGAGAGCUAUUUUUCGCCAUGAAUCAUAUAUCUUGUUUGCUGCAAAGCACACUUUUUGACUUGAGCGCCAAAAUUCUUGCAAUAAAAUUAAUUCUUUCCACUAUGGACGUGUUCUACAGUUUACAGGCAGAUUCUCAAGCUUCAAUCCUGGUUCUCAAGGAACCAUCCGGCAUUUCUGCGCAUUAUGGUAGGCGCCCGGACGGAUGCACACUAAUACCUUGGAGAGCCGGCAGAUGUUUGGCGUGGGAUGUUACGGUCUCUGGCACUCUUGCCGAACGAUAUGUAAACCUGACAAGUAAAGAAUGCGGUUUGGCCGCGGUCAGGGCAGCGGACGAGAAAAUGAAAAAAUAUGGGAACGCCCUCCCCUCGAUGGAAUUCUUGCCAAUAUGUAUCGAGGUCCUCGGCCCGAUGGACCCCAAUACCCUUAAAUUUCUUAAGGCAAUAUGUAAAAUGAUCAGCGUCAGAUCAGGCGACAGCAGGGAACUGUUUUUCGCAACUAACCACAUUUCGUGCUUGUUGCAGCGGUUCCUGUGUGUCUGUGUGCUUGAAAAUAUCCAACUGAAUGCCGACAUGUGCAAUUAA